AUGGCAGCUGCAUCCAGAGACGGCACUGGAUACGAACCUUUCCGUCCUGUAAAGGCUCGUUUCGACGCCAUGAACCCUCAUUCGGGCAUCCCUGCUGCUUCCUCUCCUGGAGGGCAUGCAAUUGAACGACCAUCCCUUGGCACACCCUCUCCCUCUAUCCAAACACCUCCACCUAAAGCCACUACUCCGGGGUCGCAGUCGCGAGCCUCUUUCCAGACCUCGUACGAGCAGGAACGUGAUCCUUCUGCGGAUAGGAGGUCUCAAGACAGAUCCUCCCUUCUGGGCAACAAGCGCAGGUCCAAUGUGUCUGGCAUGGGACCUGGUAGCAUGAAGGACUACCCCUUCCCCGAGUAUGGCACAGAGGCGGAGAGGGAGCCUGUUCCCAAUCCCUCUAUGAUGGAACGGUCCAACACACAGACAAAUUUCGACGGCAACACCAUCGGCAGAACGAGGUCCAACUCGGCAUAUACCUCGACCCUCGCGGCCGAGACACACAGAGAUACUUGGCGCAGCCGGAGGAGCGUCUCUCCGGAGCCCAACCUUUCUGCCUUCGUCGGUGCGAACGGGAGGCCGCUGUCGAUAUACGACAUGAAGGAACAGGCCAAGAAGGCGAAGGCGGAGAGCAUCGUCAAUGGUGUCAGGCCUUCCGCCCCGCCGGAGUCUUGGAGGAGCACUUACAACACAGCCUACAACUACGGCGACAUGGCCGACUACGCUGCGGCAAGAUACCUCAAUGCUGCGGCUUCAGGUGACAGCACCAGGGCGAGGGAUAGGGACAGCGAGCUGCUGGCGUUGAGGCUCCCGUGGACCAUGUGGAUGAACAGCGAUUUCAAGAACCACUUCGUUGCCGCCGUUGGCGAAUGGGCCGGAACGACCAUGUUUUUAUUUUUCGCGUUCGCUGGGACGCAGGUGGCCAAUGCGAAGAGUGCGACUCCGUCUCAGGCAACUACGACCAAUGCCACUACCGGCUUCGACCCGGCGGUCAUGCUGUACAUCUCGCUCGCCUUCGGCUUCUCCCUGAUGGUCAACGUCUGGAUCUUCUUCCGUAUUAGCGGAGGGCUCUUUAAUCCCGCGGUCACGCUGGCGCUGUUUGCAACCGGCGCUAUUGGAGCUUGGCGUUCGGUCUGUCUUUUCGUCGCCCAGAUCGCUGGCAGCAUUACGGCUUCUGCGCUCGUCUUGGCGAUAUUCCCUACUCCACUUAAUGUCCGCACGACGCUAAGUGAUGGGACCUCUAUUGCCCAAGGCUUGUUCAUCGAGGCGUUUAUGACGGCUGAGCUGGUCUUCACGAUCCUGAUGCUGGCAAAGGAGAAGCACAAGGCCACCUUCAUUGCUCCGGUCGGCAUUGGUCUGGCCCUCUUCAUCGCCGAACUCUGCGGCGUCUACUACACAGGAGGUUCUCUCAACCCUGCUCGUAGCAUUGGCCCGUGCAUCGUCACCAACACAUGGGAUGGCUCGCACUGGAUCUACUGGCUCGGACCGGCCAUUGGCUGCCUGUUCGCGAUCGGGUUCUACAAGUUCAUCAAGAUCCUCGAGUACGAGAUGGCCAACCCCGGGCAGGACGGCGACGAUCUCAACGACCCGACUAAGAACCCGUACCACGAGGUGCGCGAGAAGCAGCGCGAGAUGACGGCCAAGAUCCUGUCCGGGCUCAACAUCAGCAACACGACGCCGCGGCAGCAGCAGCAGCAGCAAAUGAUGGUGGGCGGCGACGGCGACCGCACGCCGCAGCUGGGCGACAACGGAUUCUACCUGCCCGCCGACGCGCGCCCGUCGAUGGCGGGUGGACGGGCGAAUGUCGGUGACCUGGAGAGCGGAUUCGGCCCAGGUCCUGGGCCGCGAGGCGACCUGUCGACCAUCCCGUCGAAUGAGAUGAGCCCGAGCAGAGCAGACUUUGUGGCGUCGCCGCAACGGGCAUCGCCUCGGCACUCGUUGCAGGACAUUCGGGAGGCGGCAUGA